GUCAUGGGGGUGGAGAAAGGGAGGAUAAAUAGCGGCCUAGCUCCCUCGGCUCCUCUCUCGUCCCUGCCUUCCCAACAGCAUGCAUCCCACAGUUUCGCUCAGGUCCUGCUGCCUUCUGCUGCUCCUGGGGGCUCUGCCCGCAUGGGCAGCCCAUGAUGACCCCAUCGAGAAGGUCAUAGAAGGGUUCAGCCGCGGGCUGAGCAAUGCAGAGAGAGAGGUGGGCAAGGCCCUCGAAGGCAUCAAUAAUGGAAUCACCCAAGCCGGAAGGGAAGUGGAGAGGGUUUUUGAUGGACUUAGCAACAUGGGGAGCCAGGCCGGCAAGGAGUUGGACAAGGUAGCCCAUGGCAUCAACAGUGGCGUCGGACACACAGAAAAGGAAACAGAGAAGUUAAUCCACGGGGUCAACCACGCCGCUGGACAGGUUGGGAAGGAGAAAGACACACUCAUCCAUCAUGGGGUCCACCACGGGGUCAACCAGGCGGGCAGUGAAGCAGGGAGGUUUGCUCAGGGGGCCCACCAUGCCGCGGGGCAGGCUGGAAACGAGGCUGGGAGGCUGGGACAGGGGGGCCACAAUGCUUUUGGUCAUGGUUGGAAAGAUGCUGAGAAGUUUGGUCAAGGGGCCCACCAUGCUCUUGGUCAGGGUGGUAAGCAGACAGAGAAGUUAGGUCAUGGGGCUCACAAUGCCUUUGGCCAGGCUGAGAAGGAAGUAGGGAAGUUUGGUCAAGGGGCCCACCAUGCUCUUGAUCAGGGUGGGAAGCAGACAGAGAAGUUAGGUCAUGGGGCUCACAAUGCCUUUGGCCAGGCUGAGAAGGAAGUAGGGAAGUUUGGUCAAGGGGCCCACCAUGCUCUUGAUCAGGGUGGGAAGCAGACAGAGAAGUUAGGUCAUGGGGCUCACAAUGCCUUUGGUCAGCCUGGGAGACAGGCAGAGAAAUUUGGUCAAGAUGGUCACCAUGCGUUUGGUCAGCCUUCGAAGGAAGGAGAGAAAUUUGGUCAAGGGGUUCACAAUGCCUUUGGUCAGGCUGAGAAGGAAGGAGGAAAAGUGGUGCAAGGGGCCAAUCAGGGACUUAGCCACGCUGCAAUGGAGGCACAGCAGUUUGGCCAUGGCCAUGGCCAUGGUCAUAGUUAUUAUGCUGCAGGGAAGGAAGGAGGAAAAGUGGUGCAAGGGGCCAAUCAGGGACUUAGCCACGCUGCAAUGGAGGCACAGCAGUUUGGCCAUGGCCAUGGCCAUGGUCAUAGUUAUUAUGCUGCAGGGCAGCCUUGGCAAGAGGGAGACAAAGUCAUGUAUCCUGGAGUCAACCAGGCUGGGAAGGAAUUGGAGAAAUUCGGUCAGGGUGUCCACCAUACCGUUGACCAGGCUGGAAAGGAGACAGAGAAAGCGGUCCAGGGGGUCCACACCGGGGUCAACCAAGCCCAGAAAGAGACAGAGAAAGUGGCCCAAGGGGUCCACACCGGGGUCAACCAAGCCCAGAAGGAGACAGAGAAAGUGGCCCAAGGGGUCCACACGGGAGUCAAUCAGGCCAGUAAGGAGACAGAGAAAGUGGCCCAAGGGGUCUACACUGGGGUCAACCAGGCCGAGAAGGAGGCAGAGAAAGUUGGCCAAAGGGUCAACUAUGCUGCUGGCCAGGCCGAGAAGGAAGUGGAGAAGCUUGGCCAAGGUGUCCACCAUGCUGCUGGCCAGGCCGGGAAGGAAAUGAACAGGUUGCAGCAAGAUGCUCAUAACGGGGUCAACCAAGCCAGCAAGGAGGCCAACCAGCUGAUGAAUGGCGCUCAUCAAGGCGGGUACACAGGCCAGCACGGAGGGGCAGGGGCCGCAACCACUACAGUAGUAUCUGGGGCCUCGGUCAACAAGCCAUUUAUCAACUUCCCAGCUCUGUGGAGGAGUAUCGCCGCCAUCAUGCCCUAAACUGAUGCCCCGCUGAAACGGCCUGGAGGAGCUGGCGGUGGUGGGAGAUUUCUGGGUGUCCUUAAAGGGACUGCUUUGAGCUUUGUGAAUAAACACGAACACACUGGC